AUGAAUUCAGAUUCAUAUGCCGAGAAGGCGAACCCGAACCCGAAGGCGAAGGAAGGAGAGUUCUUUCCCCUUGGACAUUCACCCAUAGUUAUCGCCUUGAAUGUAUGCCAGAGAGCUGCCGGAAUGAUAUGCAAAAGUUCCCAGAUGAUUGUUUACUCUACUCGGGGGUUCCACGCACCGAAGUGUAGUGGUGGCGGCUUCAAUGCCUUCCACUUUGAACUCGAGAAAAAGGAACCGACCUUACCCCUUUACGGUAUCAUACACAUACAAACCAGGGAUCAUCACAUCUUGAUAGAUAGAUAUAUCUUCGACGAGCUCCAACAAAACAUUCUUAUCCUGCCAAUCCAAUUGGAUAUGCACACGGUUUUACAUCAUAUCAAGACUCGGCAUCCAAUUGCAUGGGGGAUUGCAAUGAGCAAUGGAAAACCGUCCAGCGCCGCUAGUAUAGUGCGCCAAGCUUUCAUACAUCACACAACUACAUACAUACGCCUAGGAAGGGUUUCACAAUCGAUCUACCAGGGCUUCGGGGGGAAAGUUUGA